GAAACGUCUUAUGAAGGCGGCUACCUGGGUUGUUCGCUGGGACCCACCGGGGUUGCGCUACAGGAGCUUGGGAAAACGUCUGAGGUUGCGUGUUUGAAUGUGGGUGCUUUACUGGCCUUGGGGAACUUUACGGACGUUUGGAGGGUUCUGUUGUGGGCAGCCACCCAAGGAAGGAUUGGUGCUAUUCUUUCCAAGGACCUGGGAGCCACCUUGGCCGAGCACGAGGCCCACAAGAAGCAUCGUUCCCAAGUUCACUUCCUCCAUGCGCUGGCUGCUGCAGGAAAGUAUCAUAUGGGCUCCGUGGUGCCACGUUUUCUGGUGGAGCGGCGAAGGGGCUCUACGUGGGACUCAGUGGACUGGAUGUGUGAUGGAAAGGCCCAAAGGUACUGCGAUGAGAUGUGUUUACCUGACCCAAUGUUCUUUGAGGAGCAGGCCGUCGAGAUUGUGAACGGCCUUACAGGUACUGUUUGUGGUGUUGGGGGGCGUAUCAAGCUGGCUAGAAUGUCACAAGAUGCGGCUUGGCGUCUACACGUUAUGAGGAACCAUCAACCGUUCCGUCGUGAUUGCGCACUAUGCGUGCGCAACGCUGCUACAGGGAAGCAGCAUCGUGCAACGCUUCACCCGACUGGUUACACGCUGUCAAUCGACGUCGCAGGUCCUCUGCGGGGAACUGGCAGGUCGCCGGACGGGAAGUAUUUCAAGUGUUUCCUUGUGGGGGCUUUCAGAAUACCUUUACUGGAUGGUGGAGUUACCUAUGAUGAGGAUUUUCGAGGCCAUCCUAUUCCAGAGGAGUUUGAGUCUGAAGAUGCCCCUGUCCUUUCUGAUGAUGAUCAGGUCGAUGUACACCUUGAGGAGGAGGAAGAGAUGGCACCAGCGGCUGAGGAAAAUCGGGACCAGGAGGAGUGGAAACGCCUUAAGGAGAAGUUCAAGGCUCCGCUUAUGACACAGACGUUGUACUUCUGUAUUCCGAUGAACAGUAAGAAGUCGAUGCAUAUUCUUCCUGCCUUACAACAGAUGGUUGUGGAUAUACGUGGCCUUGGUUACCCUGUUACGAGAAUACAUUCAGACCGUGGGGGUGAACUGCGGAGCAAUGCUAUUAAGAGAUGGGUGUUGAAUCAAGGCAUUAUGAGGACUACCUCUACGGGCUCUGAGCCGGCUGAAAAUGGAGUUGCUGAAGCUGGAGUUCGAUACCUUAAGCGCCGAGGACGGGUAUUGUUGGAUGCGGCCGAUUUGGGGCGUGAACAUUGGCCCACUGCAAUCCAGACAGCAGCCCUGCAGCAAAGGUGUGACAAGCUUGCGAUACCUAGCGCAGUGCCCGUGGCCUAUGGGGCCAAGGUGUAUGUGAAGACAAAAAAGUACAAGACUGGAGAUGUUGAAAGUAUGAAGCCGCAUUGGAUGCAGGGGAAGUUGGAUGAUGUUGCCCCUACAAUUGUGGUGGAUCCAGAGGAGCCUCCACUACCACCACCGGUGGCACCGCCGGGCGAGGAGGACAUGGUUGAAGCUAUGGAGCAGAGCUGGGACCACAGUGGGGAGGCGUCCUAUUCCCAAGAGGAAGUUAUGAUUCGGGUCCUUAAGGCACAAGAGAGACAAGCAGUGGAGGCUGUGGCGCGUGAGCUAUUGAAUGCGGGUGAUUUCAGCAAGCAAGCGUGCCAACAUCUUUUGCGUGCAUUGGGUGGUUUUCAUACAAGAUGGAGAACACCUAGGACCACAGAGGGCCAAGGGAUGGUCUUGGGAGCUUACGUGAGAGGAGGCUCAUUUGGGGUCACCAAUCAUGGCAGGAGUCUCCCGUUCACUAUGCGGUUUUUGAACAAGUUUAUGUUGAUUCGUUUACAGUAUACUAUGCCGGGUUCUACAUCAACUUGGACCACUCUGGCGCUUCAAAGAGCAUCUGAGAUCCCGGCCCACCGUGAUGUUCACAAUCAGAGAGGGACACGCAACUAUGUUAUGGAGAUCGCAGAUGAGUCCCUUGAAGGCUUGUGGAUUGAGGGUGACGAGGAGAGUCAUCCAGUGGAGGGAGGAGAUGGAGUAUGUUGUGCCCAUGAGUAUCAGACUGAGGAUGGCCAGGUGUUACAAGGACGAGUCCAUUCCCUUGAUGAGCCUGUGGCCUGUGAUCCUCGUUCUCGACAUGCCAUGGUGAAUGCACCUGGGAUGAAAUGGGUGCUAUCUGCCUAUACACCUUCAGGAGUACAAGCUCUACUACAAGCAGAUGUGGAUUAUUUGUUUUCGCAUGGUUUUCCAGUGACUGGAACCGGGGUAUCGCUACCAACAGUGCGAGCCAUUCAACGGGUUUCCUAUGGGCCGGGCACCACGUGGGAAACCACACCCACGGCAGGCAGUUCGUCCUUCGGGCCGGAGUUCGUUCCUCAGAGUGGAUCUCGAGGAGCAGGGGCAGAGGAGGAGGAAUAUGCAGGAUACCUUGAGGAUGUCAACGGCGAGCACCAGGUCCAGGAGGAGAUGGCAGCGAACCUUGAAGAAUGGGAAGUGGUUUGGCCACGAAUAGCCAAGGUCGAACCCGAGUUUACAGAGAACAUUGAGGGCUUGAUUGAUGGUCUUCAAGAACCUCUACGGCAUACCCACAAUGUCAGCCCUCAUGAAGUUCGAGCGGCUGUGGAGAAGUGGCGGAAUGCUAUUGUUAAAGAGCUGGGUGUCGUCGAGAAGGGCUUCUAUAGGUGGUCUGCAGGUGGCUUGGAUAUUGGAGGAGCCUUUAUGCUGACACCUCUGGAUGAUGGGGAGAGCGCUGUUCUAUUUGCAGUUACUCCGCCGGCCAUUUUGGCCCGCCUUGGUCUGGUUGCACCAGACGAACGGUGGAUAUUAACCCACGUGAUGUAUGGAUUGCGGCAGUCGCCGAAGCUAUGGUCGGUGUUUCGUGACAAGACCGUUAAGGCCAUGAAGAUCGAGCUGGAUGGGGAACUGUGGCAGUUUCGACAAGGAGUGGCUGAGCCAAAUCUUUGGUACCUGUUCAAGCUUGAUGGUGCUACAACUAAGGGGCCAGAGGCGGUGCUGUUGAUCUACGUCGACGAUCUACUCAUAUGUGGACCGGACCGGCUGGUGAAAGCUAUAGCAACCUCGGUUAGUACAACGUGGAAGACCUCGGACCUGGAUGUUGUUGAACCUAAUCAUGGGAUUCGGUUCCUUGGCUGUGAGAUUGAGGUCAAUGAGGCCAAGGACACAUACUGGAUCCACCAGAAGCCCUAUGUGAUGGAGUUGAUACGACAACAUCAGGUGCCGGAGACAGCCCGCUCUCCAAUUCCGUGCCCGCGUGAAAUGCUCACCCUGGCUGUCAGUGAUGAUGAACCAAAGGGUGAUGAAGGCGACCUACGACGAGCUCAACGUCUAUGUGGGGAGUUGCUCUGGCUCAGCCAGAGGAGUAGGCCUGAUAUCUCAUUCCCGGUGUCGAUCAUGGGAAGCCUACUUACCAAGGCAGCACCUCGCAGUAUUCAGAUUGGGACUCGGCUGCUAUCGUAUCUUCAGAGAACCAUGGGUGUUGCUUUGGAGAUUAAGCCCAGCAGCGGUGGGUUUGAAGCCUGGAGUGAUUGCAGCUACGCUCCGAGUGGGUGUAGAUCCCACAGUGGUAUGGCGAUUACCUGGAACAAAGCUGUGAUUGGGUGGCGUUCAGGCCGGCAACCCUUUACAUGUUUGUCGACGGCAGAGGGCGAGUUGGUUGCAGCGAUUGAGACGCUUGUGCUGGCUAUGAGUUUAAAGGCCAUAGUGGAUGAGUUUGGUGUGUCAAUUGCAGAUAUGACGUUGUGCAUUGACAACCAAGCAGCUUUGUCACUGGCCACCCCCGGGACUUCGGCGAGCUGGAGGACGCGACGUUAUCAACUGGCAGACCUCCUGACCAAGGGUUUUCCACGUCAAAGGCUGGAAGAGCUUAAUGCAUUGUGGAGCCUGGUGGAUUUGGUGGUGGCGACAACGCAGCUUCAUGUGGUGAAGUUGAUGGUUAUGAUGACCAUGAUGGUGCAGUCUGCCAGGGCUUCUUCGGUGUUGACAAAGGAUCCCUUGGCUAUUGAUACACCGUGGGAGUUAUAUCUUAUGGUUGCGUUGGUGGCUGUGGCGGUGGUAGCUGGUUGGGAAUGCCUGUGGGGAGUAUGGUAUUAUGUCACCGGGCAAGAGACACCUGCAGAGCUACGGAAAGCACG